UAAGGGGGGUUGCUCACCAGCCUCUGACAACACUGCUGAAAACUGCAAAAAUAAGAACAAAUUAAAAACGCAAUAGAAUCUUCGUCUGAAAUGCAAUAUAACUUAUUAAAAACCACGCUCUGUUAGGUCGCUACUCUAAUUAAAAGUGUUCAACGCAUAGCAUAUGCCCGGAAAGUUCGAGGGAAGCCUUCGAAAAGUCCGAACCCCAUUGUGAUUGUUUUUUUCUUCAGAUAUUGUUUGGUGCAAUACCCGUAGUUGGAUUGGUAUGGUUUGUGCAGAGGUAGGGGGAAAGCAAUAGUGAUUUUCCAUAUUGAACGCUGACGGGAAAUGCCAGUCGGCACUACAAACAUGUUUCUGACUACGUCGCUGUUUGUCGUCGCUCUUCUGCAAACUGCCCACUCGUACUCGGUUCGGAUUACGGCGCCCGAUCAGGCGCUCUUGGGAGCCACCGUGAAUGUAUCCGCAACCCUCUACAAUGGCAAUACACCCGACGACGGCGACUCCUACAGGUUCACCUGGACGGACAGCACAGGUCAACGAAAGGAAAUAGACACUAGUAACUCUACGUCCAAUUGGUCUGUCGCCUUCACCGAGGAAGGCCACCAAUCCCUUAAAGUCGAGGUGGAUAAGAAGUUCAUCUUUUGGAUAAACACUGGUCAGGGAAAGGCAUCGAUUCAAAUCAAUAAGUCGCUAGGCGGUAGCCUGCAGCUGAUUCAGAAGAACGUGAGUCGGACGCUGGAUUAUGUUUCCACGCAGGAAGCGGUGAAUCACAGAAUAUCACUGCCCGACGCCGACCAGCAGUAUCUGCUUGAGAAGGGCUAUCACAUUCAGACGUAUUGGUUUCAAAACUGCACAUAUCUUGGCAUGUCCACUGCCCUAGACUAUCAAGCAACAUAUCCGCAAGCUGAGCAAUACUAUAAUGUCGAGGCACUGGUCGUUGCUUCGCUGGAAGUGCCGCCUGAACCAACGCCCUCUACUACUACCACUACCACUACUACAACUACGACAACGACAACAACUACUACAACACCGGCUACCACAACUAGUACAACAACAACUACUACAACACCGGCUACCACAACAACUCCUACCACAACCACAACUACAACCAAAGCGCCGGCCCGUGCCAAGCGGGACAUAAUUCAGGCCAUGCACGCCAAUGCCGCUCUACUUGGCCUUAAUCUGACCACUGCACUGAGGCAGCAACAAGCCAAUGGAUCGAGUGGCAACGUGUCGGUGGCACUGGUCGAUCCGCUAGGAGUACGACGGCUGUCCAAGCUGAAUUUGUUGCCUGGCACUGAGCUGCCCUACGAUUGCGUGAGCAAGAAGAUCAUAGCUCAGGAUCCCAAGAAGAUAUACGGCUAUUACCAGCGCCGUGUAGUAUCAAAGGAUCCCGUUUCUGGAUUUGGCACAACCGGAAAAAAUUGGCUGCAGCACUGGGAGGUGCUUAUAUUAAACGUAAACUAUAAGGGAUCGCCGCCUUACGAAGUUUGCGAAAUGGUGUACAAUGCACCCUACAAUUCCACGGGCAAUGAAACUUGUCUGAAUUAUAGGUCCACUGAUAAGUGUUCAUUCGAAUUUAAGCGAUACUUCCUGGAAAGCAAAACCAUUUUAUUUUUCAUACGCAACGAGGUCUCACAAACACUGAAUCAGGUUACAAUAAACAUGUACGAAGCUCAGCGCCAAUCGCAGCUUUCAGUUGUUGUUGUGCCAGUUACUUGCACUUUGGUCGCCGUCAUCCUAGUGGUAUUUAGCGUGGCCUACUAUAUACAGCGUGGAAACAGAUUCACUGUUGAAGUGGCUGAUUUCAAUUUCGGAGACACACAGUCGGUGGAUAUGGAAUAUAAGACAUUCCCGCAGCGUUUAAUCGACAGCAUACGCGAUGCAUGCACCUGGCGGGGACAACGUCGCCACUCGCAGUCCAGUACAGAUCUCAUGGCGGACGAGCCACCCAGUCCUGGCCUGGGCGGCAACGUGGGCGAUGUCGAUAGCAAUCUUCGAUACAAUACAUUCAACUAGUGCUCCUCAGCCCCAACAAGUUGAAAUAUUGUACCUAAACGAAUUAAUCAAUUUAAUUUAAUUUCGGCGAUUAGUUUUUAUUUCCCGAUCCCCCCAACAAUGAAAGGGGAAAGGGGACUAUUAUAUUGUUAUUAUUUUAUGUGCACUGUUACGUGCUUUAGUCAUUUUCAUAUUGACGCCUUGAGGGCGGCAUAUAAACCCAUUGGUACAUUCACGUAUAGCAAUGAUAAUAUCUUGUAUAUGUUUUCAUAUAUGUAUCUCCUUUUUUGUAAUCACUUUCUCAUUAUCUGUCAAAAUCAACGCACAUAGUUGCUCAUUAACGGCCAAAUGUCAAGUAGUAAUUAACCAUUCAAAUCGCAAUGUCGGAUGUUCAGCAUCCUUUUCGAUAUUGUUAAAGACUGUCUUUGUUCAAAAAAGAAAAAAUUUAAAUCUUCAAAGAUUUACACUUAUGCUUAACAAGUUUUUUGUGACGUAAAGUUAAUGGCUAGCAUAAGUAAUUCGAUUGUUUCCAUUGUAAGGUGAUCCAAAUUAAAUGACAAAGACAAACGCAUCUCACACUAACACACAUGCGAACACAAAUAAUCAUUGUGAUAGAUAAUAGAACAAACAGUAUGUAUAUGUUUAAAUAAAAAGUUAAAAAAUCUUAUGCUGAUAAA